AAAAACAUGUGCUUAGACUGAAUUUUAGAUUUUAUUGACAAACUUCGGAGGAAAAGAUAAUUGUAGUAGUCCUAGACAACAGAUGGGCAGUUCAACUACUCAAUUUCAGGAAGAUAACAGCAUGACCACUAUUUCAGGGUCAGACACAUUAAAACAGAAUCAAAGCACGGGGCAGAGAGAUACAGAUAAGAAACUAUUGAGUGACUGCAACAGAAAACAAGAUGUCUUUGCCGGUUUCCUUCUAUGCGCUCUACGUACUUAGUAUGUGUCUAGGGUUUUUGUGUGUGUUGUUUGUGUGCCUGUGGAGUGGGAUCUGGAGAGGAGGUUUUGCCUGGGACGGCUCUUUUUUGCAGUUUAACUGGCACCCUGUGCUGAUGGUGGUGAGUCUGGUGGUGUUAUACGGAAACGCUAUACUACUGUACCGGGUUCCUCUCACCUGGAGCAGAUGGUGGUCCAAGGUGGCUCAUGCCGGGCUACUGUUGGUCGCAAUGGUGCUCUCUUUGCUGGGCGUGAUCGCGGCUUUUGAUUUUCACAGUGCCAAUAACAUCCCUCACCUUUAUUCACUACACAGUUGGACUGGGAUCUCAACUGUGAUUCUUUUCAUUUUGCAGUGGUGUGUAGGUCUGGGUGCCUUUUUGUUGCCCUGGAGCCCUUUGACAUUUAGAAUCUUUCUGAAACCAAUUCACACCUGGAUGGGCAUGGCUAUAUUUAUCUUGAGUCUUAUCACCAGCCAGUCAGGGAUCGAUCAGAAACUACUGCUUACAUUAAAUGGGAGAAACGGAAGCAAUACAGAACCCUAUACUGCGUUACCCACUGAAGCUGUGUUUGCAAACUCAUUAGGUGUUUUGGUUGUUAUUUUUGGGUUGGUGGUGCUAAGAAUUAUUUACAAUCAGGAAUGGAGAAAUCCAGAAUUUGAGCAAGAAAGCAACAGGGUGAGUGUGAUCCACUGUUAAAAUACCACAAUUAAAAGUCAGAAUAAUAAUAAUAAGUAAUACAUAUAUAUCAUAACAUAAGUUGAACUU